CCAGCCUUACUGCAGGCAUGCGUACAUCACUCCCAGAUCUCCCCUCAUCUUCAUGCACCACAGCGCACAGACCAGCUUGACUAAUUAAACCUGACAUACACGGAAUCUUCAGAUCAUCCGGUCAGAACGUCAGACCAUAUGUUGCCAGGACGUCUGGGUUGUGAGUUCUGACAAAACAAUAAACGGCUGAGGAAACUUCUCUCCACGCAGAAAAACGGAAGGUUGGACUGAGGAGUUAUACCACCAAGGGCGCAGACGGAUACUCAACCAUGAGUGGAAUAUCAUUAGUAACAGUGAGAAAACCUGUCAGUUACACAUCGAAACCCUUUGUAAGAGUAGUUCACUUUCACUUAAUUGGCGAGGAGAGAAACAUUAACUACCAACAAAAUUGACGAGGCUUUGGACAAGCUCUGAUCCAUCAAACUUGGAAACUUGUGACAGGUAAUUCCUGGAGUUAGUCUCUGGGGAUUGUAACAGCAAUCACAACAUUGUUUCUUGAUUGAAACAGAUUACUUCAUUAUUGGCUAUGUGCUGUGUUGUCCACCUCGAUGAAACAUGAGGACUUUUUUUUACGAGGACAAAAUAUGAGGACUUCUUCAUAGAAUGAUGAACAAUGAGAUGAUUUGAGCCAAUAAAGAACACACACUAAGCUUCAAUGACGAAUCUAAGUCGGAAGACAAAAUUAAGUCAGAGGAGGAUACAAGAUUUCAAGAUGAACAGCUUGGACUUUCUUCAAACUCCAUCGAAGUGAAACUCACAGAUCUUCAAGACACUGUGGUGCCUUGGAGAUAACGGUUAUUGUGCAAAGAUAUACGUUUUAAUUUUGGAGGACUUCUUCAAAGAGUGAGAUGGUACAAGUCAAUAACGAAUCUACUAACAAGCUUUCACUGACAAAAUUAAGUCGGGAGGUGUUCCCAGAGUUUUGAGUUCAACAGCUUUUGAUUUUCUCUUAACUCCAAUAAAGUGAAACUCACAGAUCUUCAACAGUACACCUAAUAAUGCUUUAAGUUGAAGAGCUGGAAAACUAUCAACAAAUUUAUUAGAAUACAUUUGACUGUGCGUCGCCUUUAAGGUUUUUGUGUGGAUAUAAUUUCUGUGACGGUACAGAGGAACAAAGAAAGUAGAACAAACACCAGGCUUCAUACUCCACGGAGGCACCAAAGGAGACUGCCUCGAUGCCCCUGUUCAUUACUUUGGUGCCCAUCAAAUGUUCCAGUAGCAAGGAGAAAAUAUUCAUGUUGCCCUUGCCCUUACAAAGCGAAGUACGUGUAUAUGGGUCUGAAACACCAACUCAACAAAAACUCAAUCCGCUGUACUUUGUAACGUUUCUGAGGUCAACGGAUUAUAAGUUUUGAAUUGGACUAACUCUCAACUCUGUUAAGGAGAGACUAACAGAUUUUCAACACCUUAAGAAGUAAUACGUUGAUAAUUAACUACAAAACUCUCAAGCGAUUGAUACAUUGGUGCCUUUAAGGUUUUCGUGCAGAGAUAAGUGUUAUAAUAUAUGUGACCGUACAGAGGAACAAAGAAAGAAAGACAAACACCAACUCAAAAAAGCUUAAUCAUCUGUGCAUUGCAACAUUUCCAAGGCCAACACCAAUCUCAUAAUCUAUGCGAUUUGACAAUUUCACGACCGUCCCUAGGAUUGCCUCAAUGCCCCUGGUCAUUACUGGUACCCAUGAAAUGUGCUUUUGCCCUUGUCCUUUCAAAAGUGAAGCAUGAGGGCCUGAAACACUGACUAACAAAAAAUAAUAAUAAAUAAAGCAGCUGUACGUUUUUGAGGCCAACACCAAUCUCAUAAUCUCUGUGAUUCAACAAUUUCACGACCGUCGCCACGAUUGCGAGGCAAGCCAGGCUCCGCUGAAAUGUAAACAUAAUCAGGACCACCUCUGCAAAACCAACAAGUUACUUGAGGCAGGAAUACAUCAUGCUCCGGGGUGGAUGAACUCCUGUUUAGCUGAGAGGAGAACUUCAUGGGGUUGCAGUUUUAAGUUCCCUGGAGAGGUUGUACCGGAUAACAAUCUACUUAACUUUGUUAAGCGGGAAUUAAGCUUGAAUUAAGCCCAUGGAAGGACUCCUUUGUAACAUGUGACUGUUAAAGAAUCAGGAACUGGGCAAGGUGGAAACUCGAUCCUCCUGGAUAUCUGCGAGAAUUAUCAUCCAGUGACAAUGAUACACCUCAAUAUUCACAAACAGCGGUGUAACAACACCCAAUAAUCAGGUGCACAUGUAACUCCAACAGGAACGGCCGUUUCAGUUACAUGGGUAGGCUUCUCUGUGAAAAGUGACAGAUCUGUCGGUCAAUAAAAGUCUACACCAGUCGAAUCAUCUGACAAGAUAAUGAAGACAUUGUCAGCACAGGGCACACAAUCAGUGUUCAUUUACGGCUACAUUACAGGUAGUGGGCCUUGCUACAGCGUACUUUCCGGUCUCGUUUAGAGUCAAGUUUAGAAUCAACGGAUAUUACUGCCCACUGCUUUCAGUGACAAGCAGCCAAAGGCUUACUGAUUUUGUAUUCACAAACUCAAGGUGACCGAGAACAAAACAGAACAAAGGAUCACAAAAGGUCUCUAAAUACUGUGGCUCUCCGCAGGGAAUUGUGUUUUUAACCACCUGAAGAAAAAAAAGUAGAGAACAAAACAUGUCUCCACAGGGAUGCAACAAAUAGAAGUGUUCUUUUGUUUGUCUACAUAGGCAUGUAACUGGUUUUUGUGAGCUGUUGAAACCCCAGUUAAAAGAUCUUCUUAACAUUAGUCCAGGACAAUUAGCAGAUGAACGCUGUGGAACAAGAUUGUUUACUUUAGAAGUGUGUUAAUGUUACGUUGUGUAUGAGUGGAUGACCAAAUUCAAGAAUUCACAGAUUAAAACCCGAUCUUGUGAGUGGUUUUUGCGAGCUGUUAAUUCUCGGCUAAAAGAACCUUGUUAAAGUUAAUCCAGGACAAGCAGCUGAAAGACACAGUCUAGGACUAAGUUACUUACAUCAGAAGUGUAUAUUGUGGGUAUGAUUGAUCAAAUGUACACCAUGGAGCCAACGGAAAUGCCGAACCCGUACUACAACGACACCAGUUGGAGUUUCUACUACUAUUACUACUACGACGACCCACCCGGGUCGUACUACUGGCCUUAUAUCAUCAACUCCAUCUCAUUCAAAGGGAUAGCACCUCUUGGAUUGCUCCUCAAUGUUAUGUUCCUCUUCGUUGUGUUCCGUGUCCGAGCCAUGCACACCACGGCCAACAUCCACCUCUCCAACUUGGCCGUGGCAGACAUCAUGUACCUUGCUCUAAUGGAAUUCCGCUUUGUGACUGGAGACGGCUCAUUUGCAACUCUGGUAGUGAACUACGUGGCGUAUAUGGCAUCAAUGUUCUUUGUAACGGUAGUGGCGUUGGGACGAGCGUUCGCGAUUAACUACCCGUUCCGUGCACGGGAAGUCCUCAGCAAGAGCCUUGCCGUCAAAGCGGCAGUCGUGGUCUGGAUUAUCUCACUCCUCGCAAGUAUUGGUUAUAACCUCCUCCGAGUUAAUUUGUCCGACGGCGACCAACAUGCGCUGGAUAUCGUUCACCUGUGCAUCAAUCCCACAUUCCUAGUGUUGAACAUCGUCCUCUAUACCUGCAUGAUCUCAGGCCUGCUGAGGAGUCUCGGUCAGAUGGCCGAUUCAUCGGUCAAUCAGAGACGGAUGGUCCAGAUGCUGACCAUCAACACAACCGUGUUCUUCUCGUUCCAUAUCGCUGUGACGACCUUUAACCUUUACAGUAGAUUCAACAUAGUUGACCCCGGCGUGAUGAACAUAGGACACUCGGUCAUAUUCAUGCUGUUGACGAUUAACUCUAGCGUCAACCCAGUGGUGUAUAGCACAACCAACGCUGAUUACCGCACCGCAGUGGUGACCGCCUUCUGUUGCCGACGGUGCUUUUGGAGGAGACGCCGAGGAAGUACCACACAGACUACCAAUAGCUACACUGCUAUUAGAAUGACUAAUUUGAGAGUUGGUACAAACGCAGUCUGAGAUAAAAUGUACCAAAAAAUAAAUACCAAAAUACAACACAUAGGAAAAGAAUAGGCCCAGCAGCUGAUGUCACAGAACGCUCGAGUUAGUAUGAUAUCUUAGGAUGUGUCCUAACAUCUAUAGAUACGGAACUUACAUGUAACUCAUCCUAAGAUUAAUCCAAAGUUAGGAAGAGUUUGAUAACAUUGACGGCAGGCCUGUACAUGUUUACUUCAUUUCGGAAGGGCAAGUGCCACAAGGCAUUUCGGAAGGGCAAGGGCAACAAGGCAUUUUGGAAGGGCAAGGGCAACAAGGCAUUUUGGAAGGGCAA